AUGACUAAAGUGAAUUGUGCAUUACCUGAAGGAAGUAACCUUCAAGGUUGGAUUUUGUCAAUCGCUUCAGGUUUGGCUUGUUGCGUUGGUGUACCUUCUCUUAAAUCAUUUUAUAAUCAUGAUCAACCACAAUCACAUCCACAUCCACAUCAUAAUCACCACCUUAAUCAACAAAAUCCAUUAAAUCCAAAAGAUCAAGAUCAAAAGCAAUUAAUGCGUAUAGGAAUUCAAACAGCUUUAGCUAUCUCCAUUCAUAAAUUUCCAGAAGGCCUUAUUACUUUUGUCACGUCAAAAGUAUCACCAUCUAUGGGAUUCGCUUUAUUUUUUGCCAUCGCUCUUCAUAAUAUUUCCGAAGGAUUCGCAAUAGCUCUUCCAUUAUAUAUCGCCACAAGAUCAAGAAUGAAAAGUUUUUUAUAUACCACUUUAUUAGGUGGAUUAAGCCAACCGUUAGGUGCUUUGAUUGGUUGGUUCUUUCUUAAAAAAUCAUCAAACGAAUGUUGGGAUCAUAAUUUUGUUUAUGGUGCUUUAUUUGGUUUCGGAAUGCUACCACAAGCUAUUAAGAAUGAUAGGUCUAAUGGGAAUUUAGUCAGCACUUUCUUUUUCUUGGGUGUUAUUAUUAUGGGCUUAAGUUCUGCCUUAUUUGAUCAUGCAAAAUCUUCAAAUUAA